AUGUUUCACACGAAAAUGGACGCUACCAUUUAUCCUUUUGACCAGGUCCUAUCCUGUCGCACAAGCGAAAAUGCUGCGGCAUCAGAAAUCGGUCACUUUCCACCUGCGUGGAAUCAAUCCAUCCCCGGAUCCGAUAGUUACUCCGAAAAGGCACCAUUUUUCGAAAACUACUAUGGGAAGGUUCCCCCGGACCUUUGUUAUAAUAACUCUACACUGUUGCCUUUCCAAAGCACAGCCAUUUCCUCUCCAGAAUCUGACUGCAUCUCAUCACCCAUUCUGGGUGUCGAAAUGGCACUGAAUUUCUGGGAUACGUCAAUGGAUAUUAUGGAGUCCAUUCCUUGGGAUCUCAGUCUAGACCAACCAACAUAUGGUGGCCUUCCCACGUCAGACCUGUCCCAAGAUGUCCAAACUGCCUCCGGUUAUACCCGCACAGCAGCCAACCGACAACAAUCAGACGCAUUUUCUCUAGGGACUGUAGCGAGCAAUCCCUGGGCAGAGCCGGGCCUAGACGAAGCGCAAGAAGAGGACCAUACCUCGAGCUCACGACAAAAGCGAACCGCCCGAUCUCGACGACAGAAAAGAGAUAACAACAGGUCUUCCGAAACAUCCCUUGCUAGCAGUGCCAGUACUAGUGGUGGCGCUCCCUCGGUAUCAGACGCUGCCAGUCCCAGCUCCAGGCCGCAAGACAGCCGCGCCAGCAUUAGGUCUAAAUCUACGUCGAUGGCUUCUACAGCAUCUACAGCUUCUAGCCGUCAAACGAAGCUCAGAAGCGCGUCUCGUACUUCGAAGAACAGCCGAUCCCGGCCAAACGAUACCCCCAAGGAACGCCAAACGCGCGCCUCGCACAACCUCGUCGAGAAGCAGUAUCGAAAUCGUCUCAAUGCGCAAUUCGAAUCCCUUCUCAGCGCCCUACCAGAACAACUUCGCGCGGGGUACAAUGGAAAUGGCGAUACUGACGAAUCGGAGGGGAAUGACGCGGACCGCCGUGUGAGCAAGGGUGAAGUUCUGGAAAUGGCUCGCAGGCAUAUACAAUUGCUGGAGCAAGAGCGCGCUCAGUUGGAACGCGAGAACCUCGAGCUUCAUGGAAACCUCCGACGGCUAAAGGGAUAUACCUCUGAUGGUACAGUGUCCUCGUCAAGCCAGGAAACUCCACUCGAUUUCAAAGCCGAUGCGGAUGGCGAGAGACAAGCCGACGACCGAGACAAGAGUUGA